AUGCAAACCGAUUACUUCGGCCCGGCGGUCGAGGCCCAGGCUGGCAUGACACGGCCGCGACCGCCCUCGCCCACCGAUCCCGGCCCCCCUCGCAAAGCAGCCAAGCGCGAGUCGAUCUCUCCGAGCCUAGAGAAAGCCAAGGCUCCCACCGACGGUAGCGCCAUGCCCAGUUCCAAUCCCAAUCCCAACCCCAACCCUAGCUCCAACCCCAACCCCAAUUCCAACCCGAAUCCAAACCCGAGCUCCAACCCAGCCGGCGGUGACGGCGCCGCAGCGGGUGCCUCGGGAUCGGCACCGUCGGGUCCUCCCUUCAUCUGCCCCACGUGCUCCACUAGCUACUCGAGACUCGAGUAUCUCAGACGGCACGAGCGAAGGCACGCCGACAUCCGUCCCUUUGUCUGCGACUGCGGCAAGGGCUUCUCGCGAAGCGACGUGCUGUCGCGCCACAAGCGUCAGUGCAAGACGGUGCUUCAGAUCGAAGGCGGCGGCGGCGAAGGCGAACCAGCCACCGCCGAGGGCGGCUCGCCUCCCAAGCCCCCCAAGGCUCGGCGUUCAUCGGCAGCCAAACCUGGCCGACCCAAGGGCUCGACCAAGGCAGCCAAGGCAGCCGCCACUUCUACCGGUGGCGCGUCCGGCGAUGGGCCCGUGCCGCCUCCACCAGCGCCCGGAGCUGAAGACAUCAAGCCGGAUCCGCAGCAGGCGUCGCAGCAGCAAGACCAGCCGCAGCCGCAGGAGCAGCAGCAACAAGGUCAGGGCGAUCUACAGCAAGCCGACGCGUCCAGCGCCAGCAUCGACCGUCCGACCAAGGCACCCGACGCGCAGGACCAGCCCGACCAGCAGCCCGAAGACGCCUCGGCGAUGAUCGACCCCGCCAUCGCGGCUGACUCGCACGCAUCCGCCUCGACAACGGCGCCCACCAGCACCGCCGCGGCUGCCGCCUACAGCUACCAGCCCGGCAUGGACCCGCCGCCACCCGAGUUCUCCAUCUCACGCCUGCCGCUCUACGCACCAGGCGCGUUUGCCCAUGCGCCUGUCCACUCGCAGGUCUCGGCGUUGAGUCACCAGUACUACCAGCCCUCGAGCCCUGAAUCGAGCGCCAGCCGAAGCGAGCACGGCAGCCCGAGGUACGCUAGCCAGGGUCUCGUCCGCCAUGGCAGCAACCCGGGCUCGCGCUUCGGCAUCCGCGGUGGCGGCUACGAAUACUCGAACGCUCGUGGCAUGCCCGCCGGGUCUCUGUCGAGCACCGACGCCGCCAUCUGGGAAGGCCUCGACACCGCCAAGCUGCCCUCGCCCGGCAACGUCGGCAACACCGCAUCGGCGGGCGCUCGCGCCGGAUCCAGCGUCUUUUCCGGCCUCGGACCGGGGUUUCCCGUGACGUCGCCCCUGAGCCACCUGUCGGAUCGUGCGCGGGCCGGCGCCCACCUCGGGAGCGACGCUAGCUACUUUCGCUCCGGAGGCACCGGAGUCGGCCUCGGCGGCUAUCCCUCGACCAACGCCAGCAGCUCCAGCUUCUCGUACACGACGCCCAGCUCGUCAAGCGUGACCGAGGCGUCGCCGGCAUCCAACACCAAUGCCACCUCUUCGUCGCAUCCGACGGCCGCAUCGAGCCUGUCGCAGGGCCAGGCCGAGGCGUCGGGCGCAACGACGCCCAAGGAACCGAUCCGCUUCUCGGUCGCCACCAUGGGCCCGCUCUCGCCCUUUUCCAACACGGCGCUCAACUCGUCCAUGUCGCCGUACCUCUCGGCGUUUUCGAAUGCCCGCGACACGCCACACGUCUCGAGCCCUCGAGCCGGGCUGCCCGGCACGCCCGGCGGCAGCCUCGAUCUCGGUGGGCAAUGGAACGGCAUGCGGCCGCCCUCGCGCACCGUGAGCCGCCACAAUAGCAUCCACGGCCUCGCCACCACCGCCGCCAGCAGCAACACGUCGCCGCAGUCAGACGGCAACGCGAGCGGCGGUGCCCACGCGGGCAAGGUCGGCAAGAGCGCCUCGAGCGACAAGCUCAAUUCUCAGGAAUCGUCGACGCGGUCCACGCUCAGCUCUAGCAGCUCCGAAUCGGCAGCAGCUGCCGCUGGCUCGACGGACAAGCCUCCAACCGCCUCGGACUCGCAGCACGGCCAUGGCCCCAACAACCACAACAACGGCAACGGCGGCGGCAGCGGCGGCGGCUCGUCAGGUUCCGGAGCUGCGGGCGGCACCGGCAGCGCCAACGGCGGCGGUGGUUCGUCGUCUUCGUCCGGUACCGGAAGCGGCGGUGGCAGCGGCAGCGGUUCGAGGACCACCGCUGGCGGCUCUACAAAGCCGUCGUCAUCGUCUGGCAGCUCCGGCACACAGCAGCGUCAGGCUGCUGCGGCACCGAGUGGGGCCAGCGGCAACGCCGCCGCAGCCGCCGGCAUGGACACGCCGAGCCGAUUCGUCAAAGACCAGUCGAGCCAGUAUUUUGAUGGAGGGGCUCUCACGCCUGGCCCGGAGGCCUUUUUGCUAAGGAUCCAGGGCGGCGCGCAAGAAAUGAGGGCCGGGAUAAACUCUAUGAUCGACACUGCCGUCUUUGGACCGGCAUCCACUUCGGGAUCGGCGCCGCUAAGCGGCUCGGCAUCACUCGCCACACCUUACUGGGACCCCGCAAAUUUUGCAGCGGCGGCCGCUGUCGGCGGCGGCGUGACCAGCGCCCACACCCUGCCGUCCGCCACGCCGAUGUCGGCGUCCAACAGCGCACUCGGCUGGCUGAUGAGCCCGAGCAUUCAGCAGCUGCUCCAGGCGUUCCCCUCUUCGGGAUCGGCGCUGUCGAGCCACAAGGACAAGGCCGACUACUUCAGCGUCGGGCCCACAGGAGCAGCGGGCGGCGGCGAGCAGGCCAUGUCGCUCGAGGUCGAGGUGGCGCCCACGCCGCUCGAGCUUGCGCUGGCCGACGCCAAAAACCCCUUUUACCUGCCGCCGCACCUCUUCCGCGCGUGCUACUCGAUCCCGCAUUGGAGCCUGCCGCCGCUGACGCGCCUGAGCAUGAUUGCCCUGCAUGCCCAGCAGAACCUGUUGAAGCACUUUCCGAUCAUUCACGAGCCGACCUUCAGGCUCGAUACUACGCCCGGCUGCCUCGCCUUUGCCAUCUGCAUGCUCGGCAAUCACGAGGCGGGCCGCAAGUGGUGGGCGGGCGAGGAGGUGGUGCCCAAGACGGCGAUGCACGUGCUCAAUAGCCUCACCCAACCGCCGGACACGUCGCGGCCCGACAUGCGCGAGGACAGCGGGCCGAGCAAGUACUUUGACGAGGAGGACGGCCGCGAGCUGGUCAAGCCGAUCGUCAUGACCGAGAAGAUGGACAUGCUGAUGCGCACCUUCACCAGCCGCUGCGGCUCGGUGCGCGACAAGUGCUCGGUGGUGCAGUCGCUGAUGCUGUUCCAGAGCAACAACUUCCUCAGCAGCGACUCGGCGACGCGGACCGUGGCCGCCAUCUCGCACGGCAGCGUCGUUGCGCUGGCGCGCCAGGCGGGCCUCUUUGACACCGACGCCGAGCACGUCGAGCGCGAGGUCAACUUCACGGCCAAGGACGUUUUGUCGCAGUUCGAAAACGAGCUCGCCGUCUGCCGCUUUUCGCACUCGAUGCUGCCAAACUACCUGCCCGCCUGCCCGGACGAGGAAAAGGUGUGGCGCAAGUGGUGCGAGCUCGAGGGUCGCCGGCGCACGGCGUUUGUCAUCUACGUCAUGGACACGGUGGCGAGCCUCGACGCGGGCAUCCCGACGCUGCUGCGCAUCGAUGAGCUCGACCACCUCCCGCUGCCGAGCCCCGACUCGGUGUGGCGCGCGCCUACGGCGGAGGCGUGGUACAAGGCACAGGCCGCCUACCGGGGCCCGACGCUCGACGAGGCGCUGCAGCAGCUGCUGGGCGCCGACCACAAGUCGCCCUCGCCCGGCCAGACGACGCCGGGCACCUCGAUCUACGGCGCGCACGGUCCGUUUGCCCGCCUCGUGAUGAUUGUCUCGCUGCUGCGCGGCAUCAUCGGGAUGCUCGAGGGUCGCGCGCAGAAGGUGCCUCGGCCGUCCCAGCUGCAAAAGUGGAUCGACUGCAGCAGCAGCAACGCGACGGCGGCCAAUAGCCCGGGACGGACCGCGGCGGAUCACCAGAUCGCGUGCUUCAAAAAGGCGCUCUCGCGGUGGAGGAAGAGCUGGGACCAGGACGAGACGUGCAAGACGGCGUCGAGCCCGGCGGCGACGGCGACGGCGGCCCAGAAGCGUGGCGCCUCGGGCACCGAGAGCUGUCUGUCCGACGAGACGCUGUUUACGCCGCUGACGGCGUCGGGCGCCACGCCGCUGUGCGACGACGCGCUGCCGCUCUACUGGCUGAGCCACGUCCUCGUGACGCACGCGGCGUCGGACCAGAAGCUGCCGCUGCGGAGUAGCGCCAGCAUCCGCGAGGCCACGGGCGGGGCGGCGGCGGUGAGCAACGGCGUCGACAUGCCCGACUUCCGCUCGAUGCUGCGCUUCGCCAAGAACUUUGUGACGCGGGGCGAGAAGUGA